GGAAGCCCGGCGGGGGGCGAGAGGAAGAGGCGGGGCUUCCGCGUGAGGAAAAAUUCUCCAUUUUGGUGCGCCCCGGCAGCGCCCAGAGGGGUUCUGCUCUCGCGACAGGCCCCACUUCCUGGCCCAGGCCGUGCUGCGGGGAGCCGGCGGAGGACAAUGGCGGCCGAGAGCCGGGAGGAGAAAGAUGGUGAAUUGAAUGUUCUGGAUGACAUCCUGACUGAUGCACCUGAUCAUGAUGAUGAGCUGUACAAUCCUGAUAGCGAACAAGAUAAAAGUGAGAAAAAGGGAUCCAAAAGGAAAAGUGAAAGGAUGGACUCAGCAGAGAGCAAGAAGCCAAAGCCUGCAGCUGGGCAUCCUUCGAGGCAGAUGAUGCCCAGACCUCCCAGCUCCUCCAUUGGCAGCCACAAGAGAACAGUGAGCACGAAAGGAAAGCCGGUCCUGGAAUACAAGAGUGAGGAUUAUCAGAGGUCUGACAGGAACAAGCGGCCGGAAGGUGACAGGAAGGCUCGUAUGACAAGUAGUAGCUCGAGAGACCCCUAUAAAGGGCAGCCCGAGAAGGCAGGUGCCAGGAAGAGGGAGCCUGACCGAAGGGCAAAAUCUGCCACUCCAGAUACCUGUGAGCCAAGACUUAGGCACGAUGUGGACAGACGGCCCAGCAGGUCCAGUCACUCUUCAAAGGAAGAGCUGAAUUCUGAGGAAUACGGCUCGGACCAUGAAACGGGCAGCAGUGGCUCCUCUGACCCAGGGAAUACUGAGGAGGAGGAGGAGGAGGAGGAGGAAGGAAUGGAGGAGGAAGAAGAGGAGGAAGAUGAUGAUGAAGAAGGGGAGGAGGAGGAAGAAGUGGAAGAAGAUGGAGACGAUGAUGAAGAGGAUUAUGAUCAAGACGAGAGGGAUCAGAAGGAGGGAAAUGACUACGAUACGCGAAGUGAAGCCAGCGAUUCUGAUUCUGAGUCUGCAUCCUUUACUGAUGGGUCAGUCAGGUCUGGCUCUGGCACAGACAUAUCAGAUGAAAAAAAGAAGGAAAGGAAAAGAGCUAGAGGCAUCUCUCCCAUAGUUUUUGAUAGAAGUGGAAGCUCUGCAUCCGAGUCAUAUGCAGGUUCAGAAAAGAAGCAUGAGAAAUUAUCAUCUUCCGUUCGUGCUGUCCAAAAAGACCAAACUAGCAAACUUAAAUACAUUCUCCAAGAUGCAAGGUUUUUUCUUAUCAAAAGUAACAACCAUGAAAAUGUCUCGCUGGCCAAAGCAAAGGGCGUCUGGUCAACCCUCCCUGUCAAUGAGAAAAAGCUCAAUGCUGCCUUCAGAUCAGCUAGAAGUGUCAUCUUGAUAUUUUCUGUGAGAGAGAGUGGAAAAUUCCAAGGGUUUGCGAGGCUCUCUUCUGAAUCGCAUCAUGGAGGAUCCCCCAUACAUUGGGUACUGCCUGCAGGAAUGAAUGCAAAAAUGCUUGGAGGCGUCUUUAAAAUAGAUUGGAUUUGCAGGCGUGAAUUGCCCUUCACUAAAUCUGCUCACCUGACGAAUCCAUGGAAUGAACAUAAGCCAGUCAAGAUUGGACGUGAUGGGCAGGAAAUUGAGCUUGAAUGUGGAACCCAGCUUUGUCUCCUAUUCCCUCCUGAUGAAAGUAUUGACUUGUAUCAAGUCAUUCAUAAAAUGCGGCACAAGAGAAGAAUGCACUCUCAGCCCCGGUCAAGAGGACGGCUGUCACGUCGAGAGCCAGUCCGGGAUGUGGGAAGGCGUCGACCAGAGGAUUAUGGUAUUCAUAACAGCAGAAAGAAACCAAGAAUUGAUUAUCCUCCUGAAUUUCACCAAAGACCAGGGUAUUUAAAGGACCCCAGGUAUCAAGAAGUAGACAGACGAUUUUCAGGAGUCCGGAGAGAUGUCUUUUUAAAUGGGUCUUACAAUGAUUAUGUGAGGGAGUUCCACAGCAUGGGGCCCCCGCCACCCUGGCAAGGAAUGCCUCCAUACCCAGGUAUGGAACAGCCUCCCCAUCACCCGUACUACCAACACCACGCUCCUCCACCCCAAGCCCACCCUCCUUAUUCCGGGCACCAUCCCUUACCACAUGAUGCACGAUACCGGGAUAAGCGAGUGCAUGACUAUGACAUGAGGGUUGAUGACUUUCUGCGUCGGACACAAGCUGUGGUCAGUGGCCGGAGAAGCAGGCCCCGUGAGCGUGAGCGAGAUCGUGAGCGGGACCGUCCUCGGGACACCAGGAGGGAGCGAGAACGGGGCAGAGACAGGGAGAGGGAACGAGACAGGAUAUGCGACAGGGACCGAGACCGAGGAGGAGAGCGAGGAAGAUACAGAAGAUAAUGUGCUGGUGAAGAGCAGUGACUUGAACGAGAGCAAAGGCUUGUUGUUUAUGGUGUGCUGACUGGCAGUAAACUUUUAUUUUCUUCUGUCUACCUACUUGGUUGUUUGAAAGGAUUUAUAGCUGGCCCUUGUUCCAAGCAUGCAGAAAGCUGUGAACUGGAAAACUCCCAUCAGCCAAAAAAAGAAAAAUUAAGAGCUUGAUCUUUGAGUUGAUGAUUUUCUUUGGAGCAGUUUUUGGAAAAUAACUUAAAAAUGUAGAUAAUUAAAUUGUUCGUUUUAACAGUAAUUUAACAGUUCAUUUCUUUGAAUACCUGUUGAUAACAGUCACCCUAUUUUUGCUUUGAUAUUUUCUGCUGCGUAAUUCUCAUGAAAAGUGCUGCUAUCCAGUCUGCAGGCGCCACGUGGGACGGCCGGCCAGGCGGUUGGGGGCAAUGUUGGAGCAGCCACCUUUUCUUUAAAAAAAAUAUUUUAUUUUACUUUGGUGUGUGUCUUUUAAUUUCUAUAAAAGUCGUGCUUGUCCAAUAAUGAAAGCAAUAUUAAGACACCAAUAUUGAUAUCUAAUUUUUAACCUUUUAAAAAGAGUGUUUCGGUAUCCUGAUGGCAUUUUGGUUAAUGCAGUUUAGUUGCCUCUCCCACUCAUUUGCCUCCCUUGAAACGUCCACAUUGUUUGGAGUGUCCUCCGUUCGUCUGUGUAAGCAGGAAGUAUUGCUGUAUUGAACAUGGCUACCAUUUCUUUUUUAUAAUAAACUGAUAUAACAAUUA